GAUGGUGGUGGUGGCGGCGGCGGCGAUGGUGGUGGCAGCGAUGGUGUCCCACCGUGGUGUGAUGUCGGCAGCCGGUGUGAUGCUGCGGUGCUCACCACGGCGGGGCGACUCCUCUUCCUGCCGGCCAUGGUGAGCGCCGUGCAGCCCCAGGGGACCUGCAUCUGUCUACCUCACCACCACCACCACGCUCCUCACCACCACCACCACCACGCUCCUCACCACCACCACCACGCUCACCACCACCACGACAACGACGACGCUGCUCACCACGACCACCAGCAGGAGGCUGUCUCCAAGUGUCAGGGGGGGUGUGAAGCUGGUGUUGUCUGCCUCCUGUUCCUUGUCCCCGUGUCUCCACGCCUGCGUCCGUGUCCCUACCACCUGGACGGAGUUUGUCUCUAUGAGCAGCGCUGCAGGUUCUCUCAUGGAGAGCUACGUCGAGUCAGAGAUUUGAGAGAGUACACACCCCGGGACAUCUCAUCUCUGUCCGUGUCUUCACCGUGCCUGGCACGGUACACAGAUCACGUCUGGUAUCCCGCUAUCAUCACAGCUAUUGAGGAGGGAGUGUACAGUGUCCGCUACGACUGUGACUCGCUGGGCGAGGGUCACGUGACAGCCGCUGACAUCACAACGCCACCCAAAGACCACUCAACAACAUCAACAACAUCAUCAACAUCAUCAUCAACAUCAUCGUCGUCAGCGGAGUCUGACGAUGAUGAUGGUGAUGGUGAAAGGUUAUUAAGAGUACCGGUGGACUCCACGUCUCUCUCCCCGCCGGCUCUCCCGCUGGCUGUGUGGGAGACUCACACCCGAGGAGUGGCAUCACGACUCAUGGCUAAGAUGGGAUACGUACCAGGGACAGGGCUGGGUCUCCGUGGCGACGGGCGGCUGGAACCGGUUCUGGUCUCGGUGCUGCCCUCGCGGAGGUCCCUUGACUACUGUCGCCACGGCAACGACGGCGGCGACAAGGCCCCCGGCAACGGCCGUGGCCGUUGCCGCGGCAACAACGGCGCCCGUGGCAACAGGGGCGGGGGGGGCAGUGGCCGUGGCAACGGAGGGGGGGGCGGGGGUGGGGGUCAGGGGGGGGCGGGCGACGUCUUUGACUUCCUGAACCAAGCCCUGAACCCCACCCACCGCUCCUCACCCUCACCAGGUGAGCGUACAGUCCGCACUGUGGGUGUGGAGCUGGUGAGGAUCGGUGAGGAGGCGGGGAGAGCUGAGAGAGAAGUCGCCCAACUCACCAGACAGAUGCAGCGCCACGCUGGGGAGAAGGUCACCAACUCCCAUCUGGAGGCCCGGCUGAGUGUUGCUCGCUCCCGAUUGGCCGAGCUGAGGUCACGUGAGGCGAGUCUCAUCCAGCAGCGGAGAAGUCAGCGAGACCUGCACAAGAUGAUCGCCUUCUAAGGGGCGGCGAGACGCGGGGGAUUACUUUUGUAAUCCUCGGGGUCACUUGUGAGACGUGGGGAUUACUUUUGUAAUCCCUGGUCACGUACGCGAUGCGGUGGGAUUACCUUUCAUCCAGCAGCGGAGAAGUCAGCGAGACCUGCACAAGAUGAUCGCCUUCUAAGGGGCGGCGGUGAGACGCGGGGGAUU